UUGGAGAUCUUCCCUGGAAGGAACCCGGGGGGCGAUGCUCUAAAAGUUUCUGGGAGGAGUCUGACACGUGAAACUUUGCCGAGGAGCUGCUUGGAAUGAGGCUCUGUUAAUUCUUCAGAUACAGGCGAGCUUACAGCGAGCGGAUCACCGAGCUGCUGCUGCUGCCGCUGCCGCUGCCUAUUUUUAGAAGUCUGUCCAAUGGGGGAAAAACGAAGGGGCUUGAAGUAACCGCAGUUACAAAGUAAGCUUGACUGCCCUACAAUGAGCGCGCACGACGUCUCGAAGUGACGGAAUUUAGAAAAAAAAAAAAAAGUUAGCAGACGUCUGUUUUCUUUCUUUUUUUAUUUAACUCAACUUUCAAAGUCUAAUCGCUGUGGCCCCUGGAGAAAGUUGCCGCGCAGCGCCAUGGCUGCUCAGUGCGCCACUCUGAGCGGAUACUUGCAGCAGCAGCAGUCGGACCAGGGCUCCAACAGCGAGAGAAGCACAGACUCCCCUCUCCCCGGAUCAGAGGAGGACCUCAGCGGGCCCCAUCCGCUGCCGGACCCAGAGUGGACCGAGGAGAGGUUCCGCGUGGACCGCAAGAAGCUGGAGAUCAUGUUAUUAGCUGCCUCUGAGGGGAGAGUGAAUGGCGGGGAGGAUUUCUUUCAGAAGAUCAUGGAUGAGACCCAGACACAGAUAGCCUGGCCUUCCAAACUGAAAAUUGGAGCCAAGUCCAAAAAAGAUCCACACAUCAAGGUGUGCGGGAAAAGAGAUAACGUGAGGGAAGCUAAAGACAGAAUCAUGUCUGUCCUUGACACAAAGAGCAACAGGGUGACUCUGAAGAUGGACGUUUCCCACACGGAGCACUCCCACGUCAUUGGCAAAGGUGGCAACAACAUCAAGCGGGUGAUGGAGGAGACGGGGUGCCACAUCCAUUUCCCCGACUCCAACAGGAACAACCAGGCAGAGAAAAGCAACCAGGUGUCCAUCGCAGGGCAGCCAGCAGGCGUGGAGGCGGCUCGUGUGAAAAUAAGGGAGCUGCUACCUCUCGUGCUGUCCUUCGAGCUUCCAGCCAUCAUGCAGUCCGACCCCAGCUCCCCCACCGUGCAGCACAUCUCGCAGACGUACAACCUCGCAGUUUCCUUCAAGCCCCCAACGCGUCUCUACAGGGCCACCGGAGUUGUCCGGGGCUCACAGAAUAACGUCAAUGCAGUAAAGAGAGGCACAGCCCUGUUGCUGGAACACCUGGCCGGUAGUCUGGCGAGCACCAUCUCCAUCACCACCCACCUGGACAUCGCGCCGCAGCACCACCUUUUCAUGAAGGGGCGCAACGGCAGCAACAUCAAGCACAUCACCCAGAGGACGGGAGCCCAGAUCCACUUCCCUGACCCCAACGGCCCCCAGAAGAAAUCCACCGUCUACAUUCAGGGCACCAUUGAAUCCGUCUGCCUCGCACGGCAGUAUCUCAUGGGCUGCUUGCCUCUGGUGUUGAUGUUCGACAUCAAAGAGGACAUUGAGGUGGAACCCCAGUGCAUCACAGCACUAAUGGAGCAGCUGGACGUCUUCAUCAGUAUCAAACCGAAGCCAAAGCAGCCCAGCAAGUCGGUCAUAGUGAAAAGUGUGGAGAGGAACGCCGUCAACAUGUACGAAGCUCGAAGGUUCCUCCUGGGUCUCGAAAGCAACGGGGUGUCGUCCUCCUCGCCCUCGCUGGCACUGAAUCCCACCACUAACGGUCCAUCGCCGUCCCUCAUCUGCCCUGUUGGCCUGGACAUCCUGACCUCAGCUGGCCUGGGGCUGAGUAAUCUGGGUUUCCUGGGUGCGACGGCGCCUCAUUCCCUCCCCACCUCUGCCACCCCGAACACAGUUCUGAACAGCCUAAACUCUGCUCUGAGCCCUCUGCAGACCCCGAGCCCGAACACCCCCACACCGUCCCCCUCCAUGUGGCCCAGUUCGCUCACCAACACCCAAAGCUUCACGUCCCAGCUGGUGCUGCACCCUGCAGCUCAGGCCACCCUAAGCAGCAUCCUGAUGUCAGGCGUGCAGGGUUACACACACAGCACGCCAUCUCCUCCACCCGGGCUAGUCCCCAUGGACAAACAGCCAAACGGGGUCCCUGAAUGCACACUUAACGGACACGUCAAGCACCCUGGUUAUGGGAGGUUAGCGACGGCGUCGCUCACAGAAACGGUUUUAAGUCCGACUCCGUGCGAUUCGGCCCAAGAGGCCAGCGGACACAGUCCGUCGGAGCCGCUGUCCAGCAAGUCCAACCCAGAUGAAGGCUCCGACACGUUCGUGGAAGUGGGCAUGCCGAGAAGCCCCUCUCACUCAGCCAAUGGGAGCGAGCUGAAGCAGAUGCUGGCUUCGUGCAAGACGUCAUCUGGGAAGCGACAGGCUGUCGAGCUCCUGCAGGGCACCAAGAACUCCCAUCUACAUUCGGACUGUCUGCUGUCGGAUGCUGAGUCCAGCUCGUCGGACGGUCCUGUGGCCGACAAGAGGGCGCCGGGCAGUGAGCGGGCAGCCGAACGGGCCGCACAGCAGAACGAGCGGGAGAGGAUCAGACUCGCACCGCAAACCUCUUUUGCUAACAUGCAGGCGUUUGACUACGAACAGAAAAAGCUGCUGGCGACCAAAGCGAUGUUAAAGAAACCCGUGGUGACGGAGGUGCGGACCCCGACCAACACCUGGAGCGGUCUGGGCUUCUCAAAGUCCAUGCCAGCCGAGACCAUCAAGGAGCUGCGGAGAGCCAAUCACGUCUCCUAUAAGCCCAGCAUGAGCACCACCUAUGAGGGUUCUCCGCUGUCCUUGUCUCGGGCCGGCAGCCGGGAAGGCGUGGGGAGUGGCAGUGACUCGGACAACUGGAGGGAGAGAAACGGCAACGGCCUGCCCAACCACGCCGAGUUCCCCUCCGCCGUCAGCAGCCCCAAGAGAAAGCAGAACAAAUCUGCUGCAGAACAUUACCUCAGCAGCAGCAACUACAUGGACUCAAUCUCUUCGGUGACCGGCAGCAACGGCUGCAGCCUGAAUUCCUCCCUGAAAGGCUCCGACCUGCCUGAGCUCUUCAGCAAGCUGGGUUUGGGGAAGUACACAGACAUCUUCCAGCAGCAAGAGAUUGACCUCCAGACAUUCCUGACUCUAACAGACCAGGACCUGAAGGAACUAGGAAUCACCACCUUCGGUGCCCGCAGGAAAAUGCUACUUGCCAUUUCAGAACUAAACAAGAACCGAAGGAAGCUUUUCGAGCCGCCCAUCAGGUCCUCCUUCCUGGAGGGGGGAGCCAGCGGCCGACUCUCCCGGCAGUUUCACGCCGACAUGGCCAGCAUCAGCGGGCGGUGGUAGGCCCCACCCACAAGCCCUUCAAGAGGACCGCCCUCCUGUGUGUUUCAUCGGUGCCCAAGUUUCUGCGUCUACGUUGACCCCUCCCCCUUUCAUUUUAUUUUUUUUUAUUUUGUUACAAAGUUUUGCAUUAAUAUGCAGUUAAAAAAAGAGUUAUUUUUAUAAAAAGCCAUAGUUGUACCAGAAGUGCCAACUAAUAAUAAGGGAUUUUUCAGUGUUACCUCCCUACAGAACUUUAUCUGGAGCAUUUUUAAAUGAAGGGUAAACAUUGAGGUUCUGAAGAAGGGUACUGUCCAGUAUUUCUCUCCGCAUUUUGUAUUUGGGGAACAGGCAGAAUGUCGAGAACAUUCCUUUUACAGAUUGAUACUUCCUGCAUUCGUUUUAUGCGAUCGUAUCAAUGACAUGCACUUUACUACUAGAUUUUUUUAUUUUUUUUUUGCCUCUGAGAGCCUUACUCCUUACAAUGUAGGAAUAAUAACUUUACAUUUUUUUGUUGAUUGAAAGCACAGAUGCAUUUUGUACCAAAAAUAAUGAAAGGAAGCACUUAGCCAGUGAGAUUAUCACUCCACCGUAUGAAGUAGGUCACCACACCCAAGCAAUGACUCAACUCUAAAAGGACUAGUUUAGGAUUUAUGAAGUGAGGUUCUGUUGAGAAGUUACGCGUAGUUAAUAUAUUACCUUCAGUAGAUCAUUCUCAAGGUGUCCUUAUUUCCAGAUGGUUGGUCCUAGAAGCUGAAGCUAUCUAAAGAAAAAAAGAUAGCCUUCUUCGUCACGUUUCCAUCAAAUGGCUAAUUACGCAGAAACUGAUGAGGAAAUGGAGGCAGGAGUUGGUGCACUAUUAAUAAUUUUCCCCUGCGAAACCUCUGGAGUAGCUGCCUGAUCUGUCCUAAAGGUAAGGCUGUGAAAAUGUAUAAAAUUGCGUUCACCUAAUCUGCUAUGAUAAUCUUGCUUUUUAUAUCAGACAAUGACUCUGAAAAGAAACUGUAAAUUCUCCUGUUAGUAUGUUUCACAUAGGAAGAUUAUUGGUGGCACACCGCCUGCAACUUCCAUCGCCAUCAUCAGCUUCUGUGUGAAUAAUGCAGACGUAACGAUGGAUUAAAGGUUCAGGAAGUAAUGUUUGCAUACACCAACCACUGUGGUGUUUCUAAGACUGUUUUUUUUUUUUUAGGUCAUUCUCCCUCUGUUUGGCCUUGGCCCCUUUCAGACUAGUUUUGGGAUUUAUGCUAAAUGAGACAGCUAUCUGUAAAUGUAAAAUGUUAACCGCUGGCGACUUUGUAAAUACAACCUUGCUUCCAAAAUCCUGACCUAUUCCUUUAACAGAAUAAACCAAAGGAAUUACCUGAGGCAAUUUACGAUUGGCUGUCUUUCAUGUGUCAGUAGGAUUCCUCUUUGUCUCAGCAAAUCAAGGCGAAGCAACAACAAAAAUAAAAAAAAUAUAUUUUGUAUUCUUACCGCAUUAUGAUUUUAUGUUUAGAUUUUAUUACUAUUUAGGCAAUUGAGUGGAAUGUUUAUUGUUAAUCAGUUUACAUAUGUAUUUUUCUAUGUUCUUGAUGAGUUUCUAUGAUUUUUUUGUUUAUUUUAUUUUUGCAUUUAUUGUAUCUUUUACUUUUUUUUCUGCCCCUAAAUCUGUGGAGCCAUGAUAUGGCUGUGCCAUUGACAGCACCAGAGACAUGAGGCGGUGAGGCUAAGCCUUUAAAGUACUCUCUCUGAUGGUGUCAGCAGUCGGUUUUCUCUGGUUUUUAGUCAUAUCGUACGCUGCAUCCACUAUUUGUCAGCUCCAUGUGCUUUAAAUCUCAAUUCUCUGUUGCUUGCAUCCGGAAUGUGAGAUGCUUGACCGAGACCUGCGUGCCUUUUCUCUUUUUUUUUAUUUUCUUUUUUUAGCUCAGAGAAAACAAAGACCUCAUAACAGAGCAAAGCCGUGCACUUGUAGCGCUAAGUGCCAACGUACAUAGGUCGUUUUUCAGCAGGGAGAUAUUCCGUUAGGAACACUAAUAUUUUUCGUCCGACCUUCCUUGUCCAGAUAGAACAUGCUUCGCACAGAAUACCAGAAUAUUCACAGACAAGCCGGUCUAGUGUAAGACUUUCUGUGAGUAUUGGGAAAGAAAUUCACUAAAAGGCCUGAGAUUUAAAGGGGGGAUCUAGAUUUUUUUCUACUAUCAGUCAUUCAAUCUAAUAUCCAACAAACCUAGUUGAGCAGGCUUUAGGGAAGUAACAGGAUUAUGCACGCACUGAUGUUUAUAAUCAGAUGCCGUGCUUGUUCUGUCUUCCUCUUAAUAUUUUCAGGCAUGUGUUUUGAAAAGGAGAAACAUCAUUCCGCAGCAGUUCGUGAAGUUUGGACAGCUGAAAUUUAAUUAUUUUUUUCUGUUACUUUAUAUGAUCUUCUUAAAAUAUCCCUGAUUUCAUCUAAAAAAACAUUUCCCAAUGUCCUCAGUAUGUUCAAAUGUGCAAUUUAAGUGGCUCUUUGUAAAGUUAAGUUGUUUAUAUUUGCAGUAAAUUCAUUGUAAAAGGGAAAGAAUGACAAAUGUGUUGGUCGAAUUGAGAGUAGGUUGUAUAAAAUUCCUGAAGCAUAUCUCUCCAAAUUUAAUUUAGAUGGAAAGAAAAAGCAGUCCAUCUGGGAUCAGAAAAAAUCAAAGUAAGGGGAAUCUAGCAGUUAUUUGCGCGUUUAGAUUGGAUCCUCUUUUGUUUCCUUUUCGAAGCUCUUGACGUCUUAUUUCAGCCGCGUUCAGUGUGGCUGAAUGCUGGUUAAUAUUCCGACGCGGUUGCUAAUGCAGACCAGGUACAGUAGCCUUUUUAUUUUUUUCUUUGGUUGUUUGUUUCCUACGAUGUGAUAAAGAUGUUCAGUUUAGAGUGGGCCUUUGCAUUCUGGGAGGAACCCUAAGGCCGGUCCGCCCCACCUCAUUAUGCUACCUGCACCUGAACUCUUGGAGCGCUGCCCGUCCCGUCGCCCCCCCCCGCGGUUCUGCGACUCGUGUUCCUGCCCUGGCAGGCAUUUGUUUUCUCUCUUCUCGUUGUUCAGAGGGGCAGCGGGGGUCAUUGUGUCACCGAGCGAGUGUCCUUUCAAUAAUUGUUGAUGUGUGUUCCUGCGGCUCGAAUGCGGAUCAGCGAAGGAAUUCGAACAACUUCCGAGUUUACCACCGGCCCGUAAAGCCGAUAGCUUUUUCUCAAUUAUGUCUCAGACGUGCAUUGUUCUUUACGAAGAGAUGUAUUUGCAGGAAUCUUUGUACUGCAGUCGGAUGGUACAUUUAUAGUAAAUGUAAACCACUACAGGAAUUAUGUAUGAUGUCUUUCUUUUAUUUUCUUAUACAGCUGUUAUUUUGUCUGAAAAAAAUGGUACCAUUCUUCUCAAUGUUCCAGGAAAGAAAUGGCGUGUAAAGCAUUCCCGCGAGGCCGAAGCUCUGUUCACGUGCCAUCUGUUGAUGCUGAUGUUAUUCUCACUGUAUGGUAGCACAGAUAUAAGCAGAAAACAUCCAGCAGAAAAAAUAAAAUAAAAAAAGGAUUUGUUCAAAGAUUCCCAUAUGAAGGAAAUAAAUUUAUCUAAAAACAACAA